AUGGUUAUUAAUAUAAUAUUUUACCAAUGUUCAGGACGUCCAGGUUUAGUGGAUACUCUAGACGUAUUGACACAUGUGCUACACAUCUAUCCCCAACACUAGGAACUAGACUGCAGUCAGAUGCUGCUCUGUCAGACAGCGAAUCAGGACUGAAACGUUCAGGACAAGGACAAAAAUGUUCAGGCUCAGCUCAUGGAAUAAAAAGGGUCAAGUUCUUGCUUUUUGAAGACAUGCCAGCACCCUACAGCGUAUAUAUAAGUGGGUGGAAUGUGAAACCUGCAACUCCUGGUUUCCCACUGUAUUUGCGUGUCAGUGAAGCCUAGCCAGGCGUCACCACCUACUUUCCACUUCGCUUCAAGUGUUCCUUUUGCAACUAAU